AUGGAAGAAAUUGUUAGUUCUACUACUGCUCAAAUUCCCUCUAGCUUUGCUUUGCCACUUCCAACACAAGGUAAACGCUGGACAGGUUUUUAUCGUUCUAUAUUAAAAAAAGCAAAAAUAGAUAUAUCACAAAAAAAAACUAAAUAUAUUCAAAAAGUUAAAGAAAAAAGCCUUAUACCCC